GCACAUAUGCAACGCGCAGUUGACCAACCUACAAAUUGCACAGACGGCCACGGUCCGGAAAAAAGUUGAUGUUACUCUUUCAAUCAGUAGUUUUUCUAUCUCAGAAGUUCACAAUCCCACCACUGGGGGCAGCGUUGCGCCCAGAAAGCAGUUUACAAAAUGGCGUCUUCCUUGCCGCACGUGAGCUCCGCUGAGCAGGAUGGCAUUUCAUCGUCUUUGUUCUAUGGAUUGCCGAGAAUACGACGAAAGCGUUUCCUUGGAAAUGACAACUUGCUUCGCCACAUUGAUUGCAACCAGAGUGACAUAUCCGAUGAGAGCAGUGAUGAAGAAGCAGAAGCGGCAACUGUUGACCUAAGCACUGAUGAAGAAAGUAGUUGUACGGAGUCCGAGGAUGAGGUCAUGCCCUCCACAACAGGGUUGAAAGCGACAUACGCAAAGAAGCGCUAUACGUGGAAAAAAACACCCUUUCAGAAGCCAGGAACUUGUUUCAAAAAUGACUUGCCUUUGCCUCCCUCCGAGCCUCUCACAGCAAAGCAGCUUUUUGACUUGUUCGUGUCAAGAACGAUGCUGACGCGUGUCGUGGAAGAAACGAACAAAUACUACUUGCAAAAAAAUGGAACGGCUCUGGGCAUGACACUUGAAGAACUCACUUCUGUGCUUGGAAUGUUUUUCCGUAUGGGCCUCGUGGAUAUGCACAAUGUACGUGCAUACUGGGAACAAGGAAGCAGGUAUGAGCAUGUUGCACAAGUUAUGUCGCGGAACCGCUUUGAGAAGAUAACAAGUCAUUUGCACUUUGUCGACAAUGAUGCUGCGACAGAAAAGACAAUGCAAGACAAAUGCUGGAAAGUGCGCCCCUGGCUUUCAGAACUGCGCGAAAACAUGCUGAAAAUUCCACAGGAAACAAAGUCUUGUAUUGAUGAGAUUUUGAUCCCUUUCCGCGGAAGGUCACCUAUACGGCAGUACCUGCCAAACAAACCAAAAUGCAAGUGGGGUCUGAAGCUCUGGGCCCGGUCAGGAGAGUCGGGGCUCUGCUAUGACUUCGAUGUGUACCCAGCAUUUAGCAAGGGUUUCUAUGGUGAUCAAGGUGGAUAUGAGCUCGGUCUUGGUGCAGGAGUUGUCAUCCAGCUGUGUUCAAGUCUCCCUGACCGCGAAAACAACCUCAUUAUUGGUGAUAACUUUUUUUCAAGUCCUCAUUUGGUGAGUGAACUAACACGCAGAAAAAUCUCUUACAUUGGCACUGUGAGAGAGAACAGACUGCAAUCAUGCAAGCUGAUGAAUGAGAAAGAAAUGAAAAAGAAAGGUCGUGGCACAUUGGACUUCUGCGUUGCGUCGUGUGGUGAGCAAAACAUGGUUGCCGUGAAGUGGUUUGACAACAGGCCAGUGACACUCAUUUCCAAUUGUGUUGGUGUUGAAGAAAUAACAACCGUAAAAAGAUGGGACAAAAAGCAGAAGACACACAUUCUAGUUGAGUGCCCUGCUAUUGUGCCAAUGUACAACAUGUCAAUGGGUGGUGUUGACCUCCUAGACAAGAUGUGCUACAGUUAUCGCUUUCCAAUGCGGGCAAAGCGAUGGUACAUGUACAUCUUCUGGCACACCGUCAAAGUGGCCGCAGUCAAUGCAUGGUUUUUGCAUAAACGCCAUGCACAACAGCAAGGCACUAGUGCAAUGCCUUUGCGUAGUUUUCUCUCUGAGCUUGCGACGGCAUUGGUACUUUACCGAAAGCGUGCACCUGGACGACCAUCUCAGCAAAAUCUCCCGCUCGUCAAGAAGGUCCUCAGUGCAGUACCACGAGACGUCCGAAAGGACGGAACACAGCAUUGGCCACUUUGGAACGAGCGCAGAACCAGGUGCAAGGCAUGCAAAGGAGGCUACACCUUUAUUUCUUGCUGCAAGUGCCAGGUGUACCUGUGCCUGAAUAAAGACCGUAAUUGUUUCAUCCACUUCCACCAGGCUUAGAACAACUACCGGCAAUCCAGCUUGGAUUAUUGUUUUGUUCUUGCAAUUGAAAAAAAAUCGUGUAACCUCAGCUAAAGUUUAGCUCUCCUUUUACAUUGCGUUCUAUUACUGCCCAGUGUUGCAUAUGUGCAACAAGCUGUAAUUUCUAAUAAAAGCUGUUCAUAACUAUU